CUUCCCUGGAGGCUGCGGCCCCGGGGAAUGGGCGGGUAGAGGGUGUCCAGGGAGGAGGGUCGGGUCGGAGUGGGUUGACUACCGGGUCCGGAGGGUCCGAGCCAGGAGCGGAGCCUGCACGCUCCACCACCCGCCCUUCGGGAAAUAUCAGAACUGAGCCGAGAGGCAGGUGCACUGGGAAAAGGUGCCUGAGUCCUACUUGGCAGAAGAGAAAUUGAGUCACCAGCUCAGGAGCCGCAGGGUCAGCGGGCCUGAAGGGGGCUGGGUCUGCCUGUGGUGCAGAGGGUUGGGUCGGCCGGUGUGAGCUGAGGUGGCCUCUGCUUGGAGAUUGGUCUCUCUGCUGUGUCUGCACCUCUUGGCUCGGUUCCCCCGUGCUCCAUGACUCUUUCAUCUCCUGGCGUCUUCUCGUUGGUUUGGAAUUGUCCCUAUGGUUGGAGCCAUCUGAGUGUGUAGGGUCUAGGUCAAGGAGAAAGGGGAGGGGGCGCUGACCGCGGGUCUGAGCAGGAGUCUGGGGUUUGGGGAGAUUUGCCUGAACUGCUUUCACCCCAUUCUUGGUGCCAGUCAUCUCCCAGUAUAAUAUGGGGGAGGAACACUAACAGAAGAGCCAUGGGUUGUAAAUUCCAUGCCCAGCUCUGCCACUUGCUAGUUGUAAGACGUUGGGAAGGCUCUUCCUUUCGCUGAUUUCUCUUUGAGAAAAUUGGAACCCAUAAAGAUAGUAAUAACGGCAAGUCAUUUAUUGUGUGCUUACUUUGUGUCAAGCAGGGACAUGUUCUGUUUAAUUCUUCCAACAAUUUUAGGGGUUAGAGAUCAUUAGCUCUGUUUUAUAGAUACGAAAACUGAAGCUCGGAGAGGACAUGCAAUUUGUUCACGAUCACACAGCUAAUAGGUGGCAGAGAUGGAAUUUCAUCCUAAGCCUAACUCCAGAACCUGUGGCCUUAACCAUCAGGCUAACCAGCCUUUAGGGCACGCUCCCCUGUGAGAGAAGAGGGAGGUGAAAAAUCCAAGGCCCCAGCUUCCUGUUAUAUUUUAUUUACUUUGGGGCCAGCAGAGACUUGCCCGGACCCAACCCACAGUCUGUCCUCACCUGGUGCUGCUGCCUCUGGGCCCCCGCCUGGAGGAGCACCAAAGAAGUGGGCUCUGGGCAUUCCAAGCCUCCUUGACAACAGUGCUUGGGUGCUGGGCCCUGGGGUCGGCUUUCAAGACAGUUGUUUGAAUCGGUCAUCCAUCCAUCCUCCUUAAUGAGCAGCCUCCCUCCUCAGAGAUGGACCUCGGGGGUGCAUGAGGCAGGGUCUCUAAGCUCUGCAGGCCUAGCUCCCCUGAGAGCUGGGGCAGUGAGGGGCGGUGACUGAGGCUGGUGCAGUCAGGACUGUGCGGUGGGAAGAACAGUAGACUUGGAGUUCUGAAACUUUUUCUGAGCUUCGGGUUCCUCAUCUAUUACAGAGGUUGUUAAAACCUCUCGCAGGGAAAGGUAAGAACGGCACAUGGGAGGCACGUAAUAAAUAUUGAAGGAUGGUUUUAGAGAAGGGAGGUGACGUGGACGAGUACCUUUUAGAGGAAGGUGCUGCACAGCCGUCCACCACACCUGGAGCUGAAGCCAGGGAGAGUGGACUGGGGAGGCAGCAGAGUGGGUGCAGGCUAGACCUGGGAGUGGUGGGGCACGAGGAUCUGGGGAAGGGAAGGGUGGCAGCGUGGUGUUCAGCCCUGUUGCUCUGUUGAGGAGUCUAGACCAGAGGAGGGAGUCUGGCUCGGGGUGGGGCUCUGGCCCCGGUCCCACCUCAGCAGUGACUCGAUGUAUGUGCUUCUUCCUUCUGCAGCUGCUGCCGCUCACCCUGUGUCUUCUGGCUGCUUCCCUCUUUGCUGCCCCUCCCCACAGGCUCCCCCUCUCCACCUCCUGGGGGCCAUCAUGAAUGGUGCCCCUUCCCCGGAGGAUGGGACCUCGCCCUCCCCUCCCCCCUUGCCCCCACCCCCUCCCCCGAGUUGGCGGGAGUUCUGCGAGUCCCACGCCCGGGCGGCUGCCCUGGAUUUUGCCCGCCGUUUUCGCCUCUACCUGGCCUCCCACCCCCAAUACGCAGGGCCUGGGGCCGAGGCUGCCUUCUCCCGCCGUUUUGCUGAGCUCUUCCUGCAGCACUUUGAAGCCGAGGUGGCCCGGGCCUCCGGCUCCCUCUCGCCACCCAUCCUGGCUCCUCUGAGUCCUGGUGUGGAGAUCCCGCCACAGGACCUGUCCCUUGAGAGCUGCAGGGUGGGCGGGCCCCUGGCUGUGCUGGGCCCUUCUCGAUCAUCUGAGGACCUGGCCGGCCCCCUCCCUUCCUCAGUCUCUUCCUCUUCUACAACCUCCUCGAAGCCGAAGCUAAAGAAACGCUUCUCCCUCCGCUCAGUGGGUCGCUCGGUCCGUGGUUCAGUCCGCGGCAUCCUGCAGUGGCGGGGGACUGGUGACCCUCCCUCCCCAGCGGGGCCCCUAGAGACCUCAUCGGGCCCCCCAGUAUUAGGUGGAAACAGCAAUUCCAACUCCUCUGGCGGGGCUGGGACCAUUGGUAGGGGACUGGUUAGCGAUGGAACAUCCCCUGGGGACAGAUGGACUCACCGUUUUGAGAGGCUGAGACUCAGUCGGGGAGGGGGGACCUUGAAGGAUGGAGGAGGCGUGGUGCAGAGGGAAGAGCUGCUGAGUUUCAUGGGGGCUGAAGAGGCAGCCCCUGACCCAGCUGGAGUGGGCCGGGGAGGAGGGGCAGCGGGGCCUACCUCAGGGGGAGGAGGGCAACCUCAGUGGCAGAAGUGUCGCUUGCUGCUUCGAAGUGAAGGAGAAGGAGGAGGAGGAAGCCGUCUGGAGUUCUUUGUACCACCCAAGGCGUCUCGGCCUCGACUUAGCAUUCCCUGCUCUGCGAUCACCGACGUGCGGACAACCACAGCCCUGGAGAUGCCUGACCGGGAGAACACGUUUGUGGUUAAGGUGGAAGGCCCCUCGGAGUAUAUCCUGGAGACAGCUGAUGCUCUACACGUGAAGGCCUGGGUGUCUGACAUCCAAGAAUGCCUGAGCCCAGGACCCUGCCCUGCUACCAGUCCCCGCCCCAUGACCCUCCCCCUGGCCCCUGGGACCUCAUUCCUGACAAGGGAGAACACGGACAGCCUGGAGCUGCCCUGCCUGAAUCACUCGGAGAGUCUGCCCAGCCAGGGGCUGCUGCUGGGGCCCAGCGAGAGCAGCGACCGCCUUUCGCAGGGGGCAUAUGGGGGCCUCUCAGACCGCCCCUCGGCGUCCAUCUCCCCCAGUUCCGCCUCCAUUGCCGCCUCCCAUUUUGACUCAAUGGAACUGCUUCCCCCAGAGUUGCCCCCCCGUAUCCCCAUUGAAGAGGGACCCCCGGCAGGGACAGUUCAUCCCCUCUCGGCCCCCUACCCACCCCUGGACACUCCGGAAACAGCCACAGGUACCAGAGGGUCGUUACUGUUCCAGGGAGAGCCAGAGGGAGGUGAGGGGGAUCAGCCCCUCUCAGGGUAUCCUUGGUUCCACGGGAUGCUCUCUCGACUCAAGGCCGCCCAGUUAGUGCUGGCUGGAGGUACCGGCUCCCAUGGCGUUUUCCUGGUACGUCAGAGUGAAACGAGACGGGGUGAAUAUGUCCUCACUUUCAACUUCCAGGGCAAGGCCAAGCACCUGCGUCUCUCGCUGAAUGAGGAAGGUCAGUGCCGGGUUCAGCACCUGUGGUUCCAGUCCAUUUUUGAUAUGCUCGAGCAUUUCCGGAUGCACCCCAUCCCUCUGGAGUCCGGAGGCUCCAGUGACGUUGUCCUUGUCAGCUAUGUCGUGUCCUCCCAGCGACAGCAGGAACCGAGCACCUCCCAUGACCCACCCCAGCCCCCUGAACCCCCUUCAUGGACAGAUCCCCCACAUCCUGGGGCAGAAGAGGCGUCGGGGGCGCCAGAAGUGGCGGCAGCAACAGCCGCAGCAGCCAAAGAGAGGCAAGAGAAAGAGAAAGCGGGCAGUGGAGGGGUCCAGGAAGAGCUGGUCCCCGUGGUUGAGCUGGUCCCCGUGGUUGAAAUGGAAGAGGCCAUAGCACCAGGCACGGAGGCCCAGGGAGGCGCUGGAUCUGGUGGGGCCCCCGGGGUAACCCUGAUGCUGCAGCUCCAGCAGUUACCACUAGGGGGCGAUGGAGAAGAAGGGGGCCAUCCCAGAGCCAUAAAUAACCAGUACUCCUUCGUGUGAGAUACCCUACCCCACCCUUUCUCCACUCUUCUUGCUCCCCAGCCCUCAGUUCGUGGGAUUGGGGCUGGGCAGGGACAUAGAGGAGCAGUGGGAAUCCCCUCCCCACAUGCUUCGUGACCCUUGACGGCUAAGGGCAUACAUGUUGGUACAAAAAGGUUCAAGAGCCCUGCUAACUCCCCAGUUCAUACACUACAGGUGCCCCGUCCCCUGGGCAGGGGAUUCAGGCUCCAUUACCUCCCCAAGGGGCUCUUAUGGUCAGCCCCAUCCCUGGGGGCCAUUUCCCCAUUAACCACUCCUCAGCCCAAGGAAGGGUGAGGGGGAAGGGCUGUCAGUUAUAUUAAGGUGGUUGUUCUUGUUGUUUUAAACAAAAUGGAGAAGCAUAAAUAAAUAAAAGGGUUUAUCUCA